CGUACUCCCACUCCCGUAAAGAUCAACAAGAAACAAUCCAGACAGACAUACGGACAUACGGCCAGCUUGUGAUAUUCCGACUCGUACCGUUUUUCUAGGGGCUACAGCGACUAAUAGCUUUAAUAAUAAGCCCGUUCUGCCUUCCAUCCACCUGCCGUCACUACGAUGCCCGCCCGAAUAAACGUACCACCACUCACCCGUGCAGUCUUGGGCGUUCUGACGGUCCAGUCCUUCCUCAGCGCCGUCAUCCGCUUCCGCCAGUGGAGCGCAACAUCAGAAAUCGUCAUACCAUAUCUGACGCUAAUCCCCCAGCUAUCCCUCGUCUAUCCAUGGACCUUGAUAUCAACGACCCUUGUGGAGAGUAACGUCUUCUCGUUCGCUAUCGCCGGCGCCACCCUCUUCUAUGGCGGUCGUUAUCUGGAGCGGGCAUGGUCCUCGGCCGAAUUCGCCAAGUUCCUCGCGGUCGUAUCGUUGAUUCCAAACCUCUUGACCUUUGCGGCUCUGGUAACAUUCUUUACUUUCACGCGGAACGAGCGCUGGACGCUCACCGUCAUCGCCGGCACGAUUCCGCUGCAAAUAUCCUUCCUCGUCGCGUUCAGCCAACUUGUCCCGGCCCAUACCGUUACGCUCUUCCGCGGGAUGGUCUCAUUACGCGUCCCGAGGUUUCCUCUACUCUACGUCGGCCUCGUCACCCUCCUGUCGCUGACCCCGAUGGUCUCGACUGCUUCUUUCUUCCUCGCUAUUUUCGGAUUCAUUUCCAGCUGGACCUACCUCCGGUUCUUCAAGACAGUCUUCCCGGACCUCGACACGUCCCAGUCAUCGUCGCUCCGCGGAGACGCGAGCGAGACCUUCGCAUUCGCCGAAUUCUUCCCCGGUCCGGUGAAACCCCUUGUAGCGGCUGCGUCUAACCAGGUCUUUGACGUCCUUGUCGCGAUGCGGGUCUGCGCGCCGUUCUCGCAGGAUAGCGUCUCUGCGGCGACGCGUGGGAACAACUUCAUCCAGCGGACUGUCCCGGGGAGCGCACGAGCUGAAGCCGAACGUAGGAGAGCGCUCGCUCUGAGGGCCCUCGACCAGAGGCUCCAUGCCGCGACGGCAAACCCGGCCUCGGCACCGGCCCAUCCCUCCCCUCCCCCCAGUCAACCCACCGGACCGACGGUGCAGACCCAGCCGCAGCCGAACACCCAGACGGCGAUGACCUCGCAACCGACGGCCAUGCUGGGCGAAACAAACUACACGCCGGACCAGGAGACUGGUGAUGAUAAGAAUGCGUCAUAGCAAGGCACACGAAACAGCCAUGGAACAAGGGGCGAGGGGACGACGGAUCAGCACGAUUUCACAGCGAAGGAAAUGGCCAGUUUGUAUCUUUAAAUGACUCUUGAGUUAGACCUAACAUCGGCACCGGCGUCUAAAGGACGGGAAUAUCUUCCUGUAACUGGGAGAGUUGCCGAUACGCAGCGCUUUGUACUUAAUAACAUCAUGUAAUACUGCGAUAUAUACCCUCAACUUCGCUAUAGACCUUGGUGUCGCGGCAGUUUUAGUCGUAUAUGUAAACUAUGUCUUUUGAGGAUAUGAAGAUUGUUAUGGUCUGGUCUGGGUAGUGCAAGGACGUUCUGCGUUCUGAGAGAAGCGCUAUAACGUCUAGGAGCGAAAUUGGGAACCAACAAUUGAAACAACACGGGAUGAAAGUAAGAGGAAGAAUAAAGCAUGGUUUGCAUGUAACAAGAACAGAAAACGUGCUACCUGGGAGA